AUGAUGAUCAAAUCCUUCCUCACGAUACUAGUUCUAUCAGUCUGUCAGUUCUACGGAAAUGCCUUUGUCACUCCUUCGAAUACCAAGGUUCCAGUGAGCAUAGUAUCUCGUCCACAGCAGCAGCAGCACUCUCCACUGUUCCUUUCGGAUGACAACAAUAGCAACAACAACAACAGUAGCAGUGACGAAGACCGCUUACGUGCGUUGGGAUACUCGGAAGAUGAAAUUCGAAGAAGCAAAGAAAAGGAUGCAGGUCCACCCCGAGAGGUUCGAGUGGAUCUGGUGAAUGAUAUCGAUGCCACCACCCUUACAUUCGUGGGUUUUGGCUUGAUUGCCUUUAAUUUCUUCGUAUUGGCCAACGCUGGGGAUGGUGGUAUUGCUGGAGUCGUAGCGUCCAUCAUAAACACCAUGAAUAAUUGA